GGACUUUUCUUCUUCUAUUACGAAUUUGUUGACCUUGUAUGCCUUUCAUUAUAUGCUUAGAGCCUUAGAGAGAGAUUGUAUAUUGGUAGGAAGGUCUAGCUGUUGUGCUUUGAACCCAUGUGAAACAGUUUGGAAGCUUGUUUCUUUAUCUUUCUUAUUUUUAUGGAUUUUCCAUGUUCAAAGAUUUGAGUUAUUUAUGCGAGUCAAUGAAAACCCGCUACGCAAGUUUGAUUGACACGGGUUAGAUAAAGGAACGGAAGAUGUACUUUCCUAUAAGAAUUAUAGCUAGAGAUGGAGAAUGGGGAUUCCUUAAUUUCUAGAGACAGAGAGAGACUUGCACAGGUGCAGGUUUUUUGGUAUUUUGAUCUUUCUUGGUUUUUUUGUUACUGUUCAGACAGUUUGAAUUUUUAGUUCCUUGUCAAAUUUUUGGGUUGACAGUUUCGGGUUUUGUUGAUUGCUUUGGAGUUUGCUGACAAAAGUAGGUUUUUUCUGAUUUGAGGUUUGGGAAUAUUUGGUUGUGGGCUUUUUUUUUUUAUGUUUCUUGUUCAGAGAGAGGGAAAUUGGGGAACAUUUAAGGACUUAAGGAGAAGUUGUGUCACUGAAUUAGAGCAACUCUUAGUUUCCCCUGCAUUUUUUUUUUUCCACUUUUUCUUGUUUGGGGUGUUGGGAUUUCAGCUGUUUAGCUAGAGAGAGAAACUAAAUCUGGGAAAUUUGGGGUAUAGGUAGCUCUUUUUUCAGAAGAUGGCUGGUAGGAGGAGGAAGAGGAUCCAUUUCAGCAAGAUCUAUACCUUCUCGUGUGGUAGGUCCUCUUUCAAGGAAGACCAUUCGCAAAUUGGAGGGCCUGGUUUCUCGAGAGUGGUCUUUUGCAACGAACCCGAUAGUCCAGAAGCUGUACUUUUGAAUUAUGGGAAUAAUUAUGUGUCUACUACCAAGUACACAGUGGCCACUUUCAUUCCAAAAUCUCUCUUCGAGCAAUUCAGGAGAGUUGCAAAUGUAUACUUUCUCGUGGCUGGUUGCUUGGCCUUCACCCCUUUGGCUCCUUACACAGCUAUUAGUGCUAUUGCUCCUCUGUUAUUUGUGAUUGGGGUUAGCAUGGUGAAAGAGGCAGUUGAAGAUUGGAGAAGGCAAAAACAGGAUAUAGAGGUGAACAAUCGAAAGGUCAAAGUGCACGGUGGUGAUGGCAACUUCCAACACACAGAGUGGAAGCACCUGAGAGUUGGCGACAUCGUGAGGGUCGAGAAGGAUGAAUUCUUCCCUGCUGAUCUCCUUUUACUUUCUUCUAGUUAUGAUGAUGCUAUUUGUUACGUUGAAACCACCAACCUUGAUGGUGAAACAAACCUAAAGCUAAAGCAAGCUCUUGAGGUCACGUCAGGCCUCCAUGAUGAGUCAAGCUUCCAAAACUUUAGAGCAACAAUAAGAUGCGAAGACCCAAAUGCAAACCUCUACUCCUUUGUGGGUACCAUGGACUACAAUGAGAUGGCGUAUCCUCUCUCUCCUCAACAAAUUCUCCUCCGAGACUCUAAACUUCGAAACACCGAUUACAUCUAUGGCCUGGUGAUCUUCACAGGCCAUGACACUAAGGUGAUCCAAAAUUCCACUGAUCCACCUUCCAAGAGGAGCAAUAUAGAGAGAAAAAUGGAUAAAAUCGUGUAUUUUCUCUUUUCCUCCUUGGCUUUGAUAGCCACGAUUGGUUCGAUUUUCUUUGGCAUUUGGACUUCAAAGGACUUUAGGAAUGGUAACAUGAAGAGGUGGUACCUCCGGCCUGGUGAUGCCACCGUCUACUUUGACCCAAAAAGGGCGCCUUUGGCUGCAAUUUUGCAUUUUUUGACGGCUCUUAUGCUUUAUGGCUACUUUAUCCCUAUCUCGCUUUAUGUAUCGAUAGAGAUUGUUAAGGUUCUCCAAAGCAUCUUCAUCAAUCAGGACUUGAACAUGUACUAUGAGGAGGCUGACAAGCCUGCUCAUGCUCGCACUUCGAAUUUGAAUGAGGAACUUGGGCAAGUUGACACCAUACUCUCUGAUAAGACAGGUACCUUGACAUGUAACUCCAUGGAAUUCAUAAAGUGUUCGAUUGCUGGUACAGCCUAUGGGCGUGGGAUUACGGAGGUGGAAAAAGCCAUGGCUAGAAGGAAAGGAUCACCCAGGCUUGAAGGAUCAAGUGAUGAAAGCAAUGUCGAGGUAGAGGUUAUUGGUUCGAAACCUCCAAUCAAAGGAUUUAAUUUCAAAGAUGAGCGGAUAAUGAAUGGGCAAUGGGUGAAUGAAGAGCAUGCAGAUGUGAUCCAAAUGUUCUUUCGAGUGCUUGCAAUUUGCCAUACAGCAAUUCCCGAAGUGUAUGAAGAGACCGGGAAUGUUUCUUAUGAGGCUGAGUCACCGGAUGAAGCUGCCUUUGUUAUUGCAGCUAGAGAACUUGGGUUUGAGUUCUAUAGAAGGACACAGACGAGCAUAUCUCUCCAUGAGUUCGACCCAGUAUCUGGCGCAAAAGUAGAACAGUCCUACAAGAUUCUAAAUGUUUUGGAGUUCAGUAGCUCUCGGAAGAGAAUGUCUGUGAUUGUCCAAAACGAAGAGGGUCAACUCUUGCUUCUUUGCAAGGGUGCUGACAGUGUCAUGUUUGAAAGCCUUGGGAAGAAUGGGCGGGAGUUUGAGGAUAAAACCAGGGAUCACAUAAAUGAAUAUGCCGAUGCAGGUUUGAGAACCUUGGUACUUGCAUAUCGUGUGCUUGAAGAAGAGGGGUAUAGGGCUUUCAGUAAGGAGUUUGCUGAGGCCAAGAGUUCAGUUAGUGCAGAUCGAGAUGCAUUGGUGGAUGAGGUGGCAUCAAAAAUAGAGAAUCAUUUAAUUCUUCUUGGUGCCACAGCUGUUGAGGACAAACUACAAAAGGGGGUUCCUGAGUGCAUUGACAAGCUUGCACAGGCUGGUAUAAAGAUUUGGGUUUUGACUGGAGAUAAGAUGGAAACUGCAAUCAAUAUUGGGUUCGCAUGUAGUCUACUUAGACAAGGGAUGAAGCAGAUUAUUGUUGCCUUAGAGACACCAGAUAUCAAAGCUUUGGAGAAGCAAGGGGACAAGGUUGCCAUUGCGAAGGCUUCGAAAGAGAGUGUUACAAGGCAGAUAAAUGAGGGCAUCACUCAAAUUUCUUCAUCCAUUGGGAGGUCCUCUGCUUUUGCUUUGAUCAUUGAUGGGAAGUCGCUGACCUUUGCACUUGAGGAUAACGUAAAGAGCAGGUUUUUGGAACUUGCAAUUAGUUGUGCAUCUGUUAUUUGUUGCCGGUCCUCACCUAAACAGAAAGCUCUCGUUACAAGAUUGGUUAAAGAAGGCAUAGGAAAGACAACUUUAGCUAUUGGGGAUGGGGCCAAUGAUGUGGGUAUGCUUCAAGAAUCUGAUAUUGGGGUUGGUAUCAGUGGUGUGGAAGGGAUGCAGGCAGUGAUGUCGAGUGACAUUGCUAUUGCUCAAUUUCGAUACUUGGAGCGUUUGCUGCUGGUGCAUGGACAUUGGUGCUACAGACGCAUUGCUUCAAUGGUAUGCUACUUUUUUUACAAGAACAUUACUUUUGGUUUUACGCUAUUCUUGUUUGAGGUGUAUGCAUCAUUUUCUGGCCAAGCUGCUUAUAAUGACUGGUACAUGUCAUUUUACAAUGUCUUCUUCACUUCACUUCCCGUGCUUGCCAUGGGUGUAUUUGAUCAAGAUGUUUCUGCUCGUUUUUGUCUUCGGUUCCCUCUUUUGUACCAAGAAGGCAUUCAAAAUGCCCUCUUCAGUUGGCGUCGGAUAAUUACUUGGAUGCUUAAUGGGGUUUAUGGCGCCGUCAUCAUCUUCUUAUUUACUACCCAUGCUUUUCAAUACCAGGCUUUCCGUGAAGGUGGGCAAGUAGUGGGUAUGGAAAUCCUUGGAACUAUGAUGUACACUUCUGUAGUGUGGACUGUGAAUUGCCAAAUGGCCUUGGCAGUAAGCUACUUCACUUGGAUACAACACAUGUUUAUAUGGGGUAGCAUUGGUUUGUGGUAUCUCUUCCUUUUGGCUUAUGGAGCCAUGUCCCCAACCAUAUCAGCCACUGCUUAUAAGGUCUUCAUAGAAGCAUGUGCGCCUGCCCCUUCAUAUUGGCUGCUUACUUUAUUUGUGGUCAUCUGCACACUCAUCCCUUACUUCACAUAUGCAACCGUUGCAAUGAGAUUUUUCCCUAUGUAUCACCAAAUGAUUCAGUGGAUAAGAUUAGAGGGUCACUAUAAGGACCCUGAGUACUGCCAAAUGGUAAGGUCGAGAUCUCUUCGGCCAUGUACUGUUGGUUUCACUGCUCGGGCCGAAGAGAAAGCAAAACAAAUUAAGGAAAAAGUUCUCCACAAGACGUGAUAUCUUGGUUGAAUGACGGAUAUUGUUUGCCACUGAGCCCAUCACUUGCUUAUUGUAUCAAAUUAUUAGGCGGAGCCUAAGAGAGACCCGGAUUCUUGCAUUUCAAGAAAUGCAUUUUUGCCUUCGAUGGGCUUGUUUAUUUCGAGCAGUUGUAAAUUUCAGAUUCUUUGGUGGAAUGAAGCGGGCUCGUGGGGUGACUUGGGCGGUGUUGGGUUUGUCACAAUGGGGGUUUUCAGAGACUCUUAUGAAUGCUCAUGGGCCUGCAAGAAUCUUGGGCCUCGCGAGAAUCUCGGUUUGCCUGCUAACACGGUAGAGAAGUUAAGCUAUUCAACGAAGAGUAUUUUAUUUGUUGCAUGAAGAAUAUAUAUAUACAUCUUGGCUCACAACCUUUUUACUAGGUUGAGAGUUUUUGAUCAAGUUGGGCAAAAUAGUGUCCCAAAAGAUGUACAGUAUGUUUCAAAUCUGCAAUAAAAUUCUUUUGCAGUUCAAGGCAA